AUGAAUUUGAACGUAUUUUGUUUCUUGCUACUAUCGGCAAUUGGAGGCACUUUUAGUGCGGCGAUACCAAAAAUUGGUAGUCAAUUGCCCGGAAUUGUAGGAACAACCGGAAGUGGUCUUGGAGGUCUUCUCGGAGGUGGAGGAUCCGGAAACGUAUUGGGUUCACUACCAGACCUAAGCUCAGUGGUGAAAACUGUUGGUGGUUUAGGACAAGGGAUUGAUAAAACAGUUGCACAAAAAUCAAUUCAAAAUCCAGUUGAACAAGUUGGAGUCAAGAGCCUUAAUCCACUACCAGGAAUUGGAAACGGAAUUGGAGGUACUUCCGGAGGCGGUCUUGGAGGUCUUCUCGGAGGUGGAGGAACCGGAAACGUAUUGGGUUCACUACCAGACCUAAACUCAGUAAUGAAAACAGCUGGUGGUUUAGGACAAGGAAUUGAAAACGCAGUUGGAAAGAAAUUAAUUGAAACUGCAGCGGAACAAGGUUUGAAAACCAUGCAUCAAUAUGAAAACAGAGUUCUGAAGACUAUCGAAGACUUUUUUGGAGGUCUUUUCAACACCGGAGAGAAAGGAGGAGAAAAAGGUUUGUUUCCAAAAACAGCAGAAAACAGCCUUAAGACAAUACAAGGAGUCGGAAAUGGACUUCUAGGCCAAGCCGAAAAGGCAAUUGAACAGAUUAGUGGAGGAAUUGGAGGCGGAAUUGUUCCAAAAAUCGGUGGGUGA